GAGAGCCUUCAGUGUGCGAGUUCAAAGUUGUCUAGAAAUUUCCCUUUUUCGAGUUGUUGGGUUAUAACUUCCAAGGAUAACUGGGUUUUGUUUUCUAUAUUAACACGAUGAAGAUUCUUAGGAUCUUGGUAGCUUCGGUGGUAGUUGGAGCAGCUUUGGUGUUCCUUGCCUUCACUAGCAGCAGCACCUCCACCUUCCAUGAUGUGAUAUCUGCCAGCCAUCAGGAUAUAGGGAUUGUGACUGCUAGCCGGAAGCUGAAGGAAAAUAACUAUAAAUUGCACGUUGAAAAGAUGAAAAGAGAUGUGGGAAACAUGAACCUGGAGGAUUACCACCCUGUUGAUCCAGCUCCGGAUUCAAGGUCUACCAUAAAAGAAGGACCAAUUGAGCAUGGCACUCCUCUAAUGCCUUACAUUCCCACGCCAGGUCCUCCAAGUAACCCAGGGUCUACCGAGUCUCCUUAAGUUCUCGAAUCUGCUAGUUCCAACCGUAGUAUCUAUGCUAUACUAAAUAAUGUUGUAACUUAAGUUUCUUAGGAGAUGUUUGUCUUCUUGUAACAAGUUUAUACUGCUUGUGUUUGUAUUUAAGUUCAUCAUGUGAAGUUUCCAGUAACAUGUUCAUCAUGUAUUAAUAUCUAGUGCCUUUGGUUGCC